AUGACGCAUGGUGGCCUCUGGAGAUGCAAGAUGCAGUUCGCUCUCUUGGCAGCUUCCGAGAAAGGAAACCGGGUGUUAGAACAUGACGAGGUCGAUCCUCACAGCAGCCAUCAGCCCUCGAACCUCUCCAGAAGUCACCUCUUGGCAGCUACUCGUUUGGAAAAGUCCAUGUCGCAACAGUUAUUCUGGAUACACAAAAGCGCCGACUCAGAGCGUCUGUCACAAUGCUCCAGAUCAGAAGAAUCGAAGAUCCGGAGACACGUUCAGAGUGCUAAGUCCGGGCCCAUAAUCGCCACAAAAGCUGAUGCCCAAAACGCUCAAUCGACUGCAAAAGCAUUCAAACGUGCCCUGCGGCCAAAUCCAUCCUUGAGACAGACCGGAAAGGGAAAUAAUGCAAAAGCAAGCAGAGAUGUGGACGAGCGAUCAGGGGAUGUUUGGUCGAUAGGCCGGCCCUUGCGUUCAGGCUGGCAGAGCCUCGACUCGUAUAGCCUGCGCAGUCUUGCGUUCUUCGAAGCUCGCACGUCCGUGGAAUGUAGCGGAUGGGAGGAUAUGUCGUUCUGGGGAAGGCUGGUGCUGCAGGUGUCGCAGCACAGCCAAGCAAUCGCAUAUGGCUUCAUCAGCUCGCCGGCCGCAUCCUAUGCCUAUGCCGUUCUGCACAAGCAUGCCAGUGCACGGAACGCUCAGUUGGCGGCCCAGGCUCUGAUGAGGAGUGAGCCGCCACUCUUCGAAGCUCUUGUCUCAUGUGUAAUCAUGCUUGUGCUGCAAGGUGUCCAGCACGGCCGGCAUGCUUUUCGCUUGCUUCGGGCGGGCAACCAGCUACUACAGGAGUAUGACGCGAAGCAAGCCUUGAGCACCGGGCACGUGGCCUCUCCAGCGGAGGCUCAUGCCAUCGAGACGAAGCUUCGACCUCUGAUGAGACGGCUGACCGCGCGCGCCUUUCGGUUGGGAGACAUCUCCACGGCCUUUUCCAUGUCGGUGGCGAGGGAAUGGGAUGCGCUCACCGAUGAGUCGUGCAGGAAAACGCAGCCUGUUUUUCCAUCUUCGUUCCAGUCAUUGGUCGAGGCGAGAGAUUGUCUGCUCGAGAUGCUGCAGUGGGCACACCAUUGUCUGGCAUGUCCGAGCACGGCGUGCUCCUUGACCGGCUUCCGCGAUUUGCACUCGCAUUGGAUGAACGCAGUCGGCCAGCUUGUUCCACGGACUACUGAAGAUGCAAGCACAACAAGCAAGCCAAGCAGGCUGCUGCAGGUGUCCGCGCUGUUUGCCAAGAUCCUGGUCGAAACAUAUCCCGUCCAGCAAGAGACAGACUACGACCAGCAUAUCCAGGACUUCGCACAGAUCGUUACCCUACUCGAACCGAACUUGCCCACCGGGCCGUGCAAUCCCCCGGAAAUCUCCUUCGGCGUGGACGACGGCGUGGCCGAUAUCCUCGGCUUCGUCGGCCACAAAUGCCGAGACCCCCACAUCCGUCGACGCGCAGUAUCUCUCCUCAUGCACAGCAGUCGCGUAGAGGGAGAUCGCAAUUCGACCAACACCGGCGAGAUCCUCAAAGUCCACAUCGCACUGGAAGAACGUAAUAACGAAUCCAUCACAGCCUGCCACGACGUUGCAGAGGCCGACCGAUGGCGGUUGAUCUGCGGCCAGCAAUUCUUCGCGCAAGGCCUGAUUCGACUGUUCUUCGCACGCUCGCCCUACGACCCCGCUUUGGGGGCCGAUGUGACGGAGCAUUAUAUCCGAUUGCCGGGGCCGAUGGAAGGCGAUCCCUCGUCGGAGCAGCCCGACGCGGUCUUUGCGCCCGGGUUUGCCGCUUUUCUCGACGAUCCGCUGGCGGGGACGUACUAUCGAGGUAUAACAACCAACUUCCACUGCGUCACGUGA